GAAGGCAGGUAGGCCCGCUUUAACUGCAGUCGUCACUCGUCCGUCAGUCAUCUUCGUCACACAAAACACAAACCGAGCAUAAUAUCGCGCUAACACAGUUUCGAUUUCGAGGCGAGCGUGCGUAGAUAGACACUAACUAGACUGGCGUUUGUGCUCGGAUCGAGCGGAUAUUUUCGUGAGAAUGCGGACUCGCAGUCUCACAUAUUUUAGUAGCGGUGUGUUACUUGUUUUGUGAGUGUUUAGUGAAUAAAUAAGUGUACGAUGGUCAGUGGCAAUAGAUGCGGCUGCGGCGCAUUUUGCCGUCGCUUGUUUUGCCGCGCGAGACCUCCCGAGGACGAUGUUAACGACGAAACAGUACCUGUUACUUUGACGCAGCUAGCGGAGGCUCGCGACGUGAAGUUUACACAGGUGCUGGCCGAGCCACUGAGCAUAGGCUCCCACAUCGUAUGUACCGGCACACCCAGCGAGGAUCUGCCAUGGUUCGCAGUAAACAUAGGAAUGGGAGAUCCAGACUCGGGGCACGGCGAUAUCGCGGUUCACUUCAACGUCCGCCUGCCACAGCGGUACGUGGUACGCAACACGCGCCGCCAUAGCAAGUGGGGGACCGAGGAGACCACGGCGUUUAGAUUAUUCCCCUUCAAAAUGGACCGUCCGUUCACGAUAGAGGUCCUCGUGGACGAGAAACAGACGCUGUGGGCAGUGGACGGCGAACACUACUGCAGCUACGCGCACCGGCAGCCGAGCCCUCACGUCGCCACUUGGGUGCAAGUGGCUGGUGUUAGGAACGCCACGCUGAACAUUAACAAGACUGAUAUUUAUCCGACGAUGGCGCCCCCGCCCAUUGAGGUGCCUUUACGAGCAUUUAUUGAUGCACCACCGGACCCAUCCGAGCCGAUUUGCUGGAGGGCUAACGCGAUAGCUACAUUAUCAAACGGGGUGCCAGAGGGACACCAAUUAGUUAUUCAUGGAAGAUUACGGCCCAUGCUGCACUCGUUCGCGGUGGACCUGAUGGACGGCGCGCGCGAGUGGCCCGCGCCCAAUGUGCACGUGCACGUCAACGUGCGCGCGCACGUCGAGCCGCACCUGCCGCGCCAGCUCGUCGUGCUCAACGCCUGGUACGGCGCCUGGGGGCUUGAGAGGCGGCAGCGCACCGCGCGACUCGUGCCCGGCACGCAGACCACCUUCCGGAUAAUCCGCGGCGCCGGCGAAUGGUCGGUGUACGCGGACGACUCGAUGAUAGGCGAGCUGGAGUUCCGUGGCUCGCCCGAGGGGGUCAAGGCGCUUCGGUUCCGCGGGGACUUAUAUCCUGAGCAGGUGUACCUGUGCCCUGCUACCAACUCGCCCGUUAGAGAAGAGUAAACGACGAAAUAUCGAACGAUUGAUCUAUUUGAACGUAACGGAAAGCGGGGCUUGGGACGCCGAUGACCUCAUAAAGGUAUUAUAGGAAGGCGCUAGAUGCAGACCGCUACCAACUGGGAAAAUGUUCAGCAGUGGACGUCCAAGCUAAACACUCUAAAACGUGAGCGAGUACGAGCUAAGUUGCGCAUCAAGCCGUUAAGUUGCAAGCAUGAAGCUAGGAAGUUUUUUGUCAAAUCAAAGUUAACAUCAUGCUAUGCACUUGAUUCUGCAGCCUCGAUGACUCGAUAGCUUGUGAACGAAUAAAGAAUACUCCCAGAUGCAAUUACCAGGACUUACGACGUGCUAUCACAGUACAGAUUGUUACUUGCAACGGACAAUCAAGAUAAUUAUGUCUUCAAUUACUUAUCUGACUGCAUUACGAAUCACCUGAGAGCAACUAUAAAAUAUUAUAAUUAUGUACAUAUAACUUUAUGUGCUUCAAGAAUAAUGUUAAAAACCAAGACAGACCAUGACAGCGAACGAAGACAUAGAAACCGAUAUAAAAUCGAAAUAUAAUGCAUUUAUUAUUAUCCGAUAAAAGUAAAUAUUUAAGGUGAUUAAACUCAAACCGUCCAUCAGAUUAGAUAGGUCGUGCGCUAAUUUAUGCCUAAUUUAAGUAGGCGCGCACACCGUUGAUUUUUAGUUGGCCGAUAGUUGUGCCCGAUUUUAAAUUGUAUGAAGAAUCGGCCAAAUCGAAUCGGCGUAGUGUGGGCACUCCCAUACAGGUACUAUUAUUAUUUAUUCUGUGCCCAUACUGAUCAACUGCCCGACUAAACUAUCGGCCGACGAAAAAUCAACGGUGUGCGCCUACUCAUAGGCAAAUAUGNUACUGCACUUUUUCGGUAUUUUUGAUUUCAUAGUAUGAGAAAAGCACAAUCUCACUUUGUUAGUAUUAUUUACAUUUUAUAUUUGUAUGUUAACGUACUUUAUAAUUCUAUUAAUUUGUAAUCGUCUAAUACUCUUUAAUUUAAUGUAAGUGUACCUACUUUGUUACCAAUUUAUUGUUGUAAGGCACAAAAGUCACGUGGCUUAACAUUGUUUAUUCAAAUCUUUAUUAUUUUAUUUCAACUUACUAAACUAAGUAAACGAUAAUCGAAUCUAUGUAGAAUGUAUUAUGUGUUGUGUUUAAGUUCAAAAGAGUUAAUUAGUAGUUCUGUUGCAACAGAACUGCACUGUGACGUCAGAAUUAGCAUUAUAAAACUAUAAUCUUUAAUAGCUAAAUCUAUGCAUCCCCUUACCCUUAUACACAUCUGCUUUCUGAAUACUAUUCUAUUCUACAAAAUCUAGAUGUAUGAAAAUAACAGCCAAAGUGAUCUAGCCAUUGCUAGAUCUUGUACAUUUUUUUAUAAAAUAAUAACAAUUAUCACAUUAAAUUAAUCUAACUCCACUAUUUAUGGAUGGACAGUUGUAUGUUAUACAGUGAUUAAUAA